AUGAUCCAGGAGCCUGAGCCUCGGGUUCCUGGACAGGGUCCUCCUGCUCAGAAGGCCCACGUCAGCCUGGGAACUGGCAGGAUGGACGCCAGGCAUUUGGCCGUACAAAUGAUUUUCUUCUUCCAAAUUGUGCUCGGGCUUCUGGGGAACCUCUCUCUCCUUUCCCAUCACCUCUUUGUCUCUCUCACUGGCUGUCGGCCGAGGGCCACCGAUUUCAUUGUCAAGAACCUGAUUGUGGCCAAUUGCCUGGUCCUCAUGUCGAGUGGAAUCUGCUAUCCAGUGACGUUCUUUGGGGAGAUCCCCAUCCCCAACGAUUUUGGAUGCAGUUUUUGCCAUUAUGCGCGACAGGUGGGCAGGGGCAUGUCCAUCAGCACCACCUGCCUCCUGAGUGUGGUCCAGGCCGUCACCAUCAGCCCCUGGCGCUGCAGGGGGGCAGGGCUGAGGGGGAAACCUCCCAAGUGCGUCCUGCCCUGCAUUGCCCUGUGCUGGGUCCUGAGCCUGCUGGUAAAUUCCAUCUUUGCCAUGUUCAUGUCUAGCAAUUCCAGUGACAAAAAUGACACAAGCAGGAAAAGGUUUGGGCAGUGUUCCUCUGUUCGACUCGACCCAGCCAGUGACAUAUUAUCUGGCGCCCUGCUCUCCUUCCCUGAGGUUGUGUUUUUUGUGACCAUGCUCGGGUCCAGCGGCUCCAUGGUCUACACCCUGUCCCGGCACAGGCAGCGGGUCCGUCACCUUCAUGGGUUCGCCUCCUCCACGUCCUCCCCCGAGUCUAGGGCCACUCACACCAUCCUGCUCCUGGUCAGCACCUUUGUCUGCUUUAACAUCAUUUCCUCCAUGCUGAAGAUGGUUGUGGCUGUUAUGUAUAAUCCCGACUGGGUCAAGUCCUGCCCACAGCCCACUGGAGAGCCCACCGUCUGCCUCCUCCCUGACCUGCUCUCCACCCAGUUCAGCCGCCCCAAGUCCACGGACCCUUACUUGGGCCUAGACUCCCCCGAGAAUCCACUGAAUCUUGGGCCUGCCACCCUGCCACCCUGA